AUGGAACAUGACCGCGGCGCCGUUGCCGUGGUGGACUCGCCGCUGUCCCUGCAGAAAUGCGAGCUCCUGUCGGGACUACAGACGUAUGCCGUCCAGAUGCUACUCUUCGUCAUCGCGUUGACGUCGUUGUGGUACAAACGCCACGUCGAAAGACCCAAGCGAUCCGUCGAGAUCUGGAUGAUGGAUGUGAGCAAGCAAGGCUUGGGGGCUGUCGUGGGCCAUUUCACCAACAUCUUGAUUGCUAUUUCACUCCCGCACGUCACGGAUCAGUGCGUCUGGUACUUUCUCAACUUCUUCAUUGACUUCACUCUCGGCACGGUCAUUUCGCUGUCGUUGCUACGACUUCAACAAGAGGCCGCACUGUGGGCGAACUUCCCCGUGCUGUUUGAGAGCGGCGACUACGGGUCUCCUCCGUCGUACAGAAUAUGGGGCAUCCAACUCGCGGCGUGGCUGAGCAUCAUCAUCUUCUCGAAAGGAAUCGUCACAUCCGUGCUCAUCGCGACAGCACAUCCUCUUAGCGCCAUCGGAAACGCACUCUUCCGUCCUCUCGCGGGCCAUCCCUUUGCGGAACUCGUUCUCGUCAUGAUCGUCAUUCCCAGCUUCCUCAACGUCGUGCAGUUUUGGAUACAAGACAGCUUUCUCAAGCGCGAUGCGGGUGGAAUCUUCGCGUACUACGCCCGAGGCAAGACUUCCUCGGGCAGCAUCUCCGCCAAGCACUCCUCCAUCAACAUGGAUGCGUCGCUCCACGUCGGGCUCCUCGAUUAA